AUGCGUGAGCUCGUCGCAAGGCGCGAAGAGGAGCAUCAACGGGAGAAAAUUAUGGACAUAACCGGUCAGGAUGGCCUAGGUGGCUUCUACCGCUACAUGUAUGACCAUGAAAUGGAAAAGGGUAACUCAAGUCUCCAGUGCUCGUCUAAUGAAGACCCCAAAUCGAAAGAACCGCGAUCACCCCGUAGAGACACACAAAAAGAAGUCGACGAUCAAAAGGUUUGCAAAGAAGAUAGGAAGUUUUCUCCUCAAACAGAUUAUCGUUCCGUUAAAGAGAAAUCGCAAAACUCAAGUACUCUGAGCAAAACACCGGGCUCCUCCAGCAGGGCUUCAGAUUCGGGUAACGAGAGUCAUUCUCUCGACGAAGAGACAGCUGAAAACGAAAGCAAAACCAAAUUACAUCUUGUGAAAGACUCGAUACAACAACUUCCGAAUGAUUCCUCUCCAAAGCCACUAUCACCUAAACGCGUGAAUGACGAACCGCAUCUUGACAGAUCGAGGUAA